AGAUUCCAGUUAAGUUGACUCUGCAUCAUCAGUCAGUUGAUAUAACAGAGGCAAGAUCAUCUGUAUUCACAGAGCAGGAGAGUUACUGGCAACUUCCUCUGUAUGACACAGGACUGGUGACAGAUAUCAUUGUCAGUUCGGGAGGCACUCAAGAUCCUCUUGAUGACUGCAUACAUGUUGCCACUGUAGCUCCAGCUGCUGUUUAUUCUUUUGUACCUAGAGGAAGAGACACUCCUCUAAAAUAUAUACUUCUUCAGGAUGUACUUCCACGUUAUCGUUCUGCUUACCAGCCACGGUUACGACUGGCUAACUUAUCGAGCAGAAAGCUGCUUAUCCAUGAAGAGGUUUCAAACACACUCUUAAAUGUAGACAUGAACACUGGUGCAGUAUCUUGCAUGCAACUUAAUUCUAGGUUUGAAAUUGCAGCAGAGUUACUGAUGAAAAGGCUGGGAUCAGGGGGAAGAAGUGAAAUCUUUUUCCGUAUGUGUAAAAGUAAAGUUGAACAAGGGCAACUUGCAUUGUGGGAAGUUGGUGGUAAACGCAUACUUUUCAUAGACAUCCACAAAGAGAUGAGCCGCUUGGUUACUUUGCCAUUUAUUCUUUAUUCUCUACAUCUUUUAGAGGGAAGAUAUCAGUGGUUUGCUAUUGAUGAGGAAGGUAAUAAGUGGUUGCUGAAAGAUAACAUGUACAAUUUUGUGCUUCACCCAGUAACCCAGACACCAGUUGAACAAGAUUGUAGCCAUAUGUUAGUAUCUUGCAUUUCUCCACAUACCUUAAGUGACUUUGUGUUGUCUUCAGCACUUAAAGAAAAGAUUAGUGCUUCCACUCAUCUUUUAGCUCCAUAUAAUGCUUUGGCUGCUGUAGCUGUAGGUUUCCCAGAGCUUGAUGCAAGUGAAAAUGAAGUUUAUGUAUGGGAGCGUGAUAACAUUUCACUGAAGGCCUUUUCUUCAGUUAGUGACCCGGUUAGCUCUACUGUUGUGCUAAGUGAUGCUGGGCAAAUUGUAAGAGUUGUUGAUCAGGCUCCUAGAAAUGCAUUCGAAUAUGAUGUUUCACCUUCAGGAGCUAAUAUAUUUUUAGAAGUAACAGAUUUAGUGAAUCAUAGCUUAAGCUACAUUCCUGUUCCCCAGGCCUCUCAGUCUUCUCCAUACUGGGCCUGGUCUGUGGCAGCUCGCACAUCUCCACUCUUUAUGGCUGCAACAAGUGGUCAGGGUUUGGCUACAGUAGACUCUGCAGGAGUUGUACGUCUCUGGCAAACGGGAAGUGUUGGUUUACAGAAAGCUCUAGCAGAUUGGCGUAAAAUGAUUGGUGAUGACACUGAACGUCUUAGAUUAGAGGUUGACCGCUUCAGUGGUGAGGAUGUCACUGAACCUAAACAUGGAAGGGAGGAUCCUGACAAUAAUCCCCAUAUAGGAGGAAAUACUUGGGCAGGUGGGACAGGUGGCCGUGAUACAGCUGGUCUCGGUGGUAAAGGAGGACCAUAUCGGUUAGAUGCUGGUCAUGAUGUUCAUCAGUUAUCUGAAGCCGAAAAGGAUGCCGUCCCUGCUGAAGUGAGGCGUGCUGCCCGUGAAAUGGCACAAAAAGCCUUCAAAGAACGCUUGAGAGAAAUUAGAAUGAGUGAAUAUGAUGCCUCUCUCUAUGAGAAGCUUGCUGGUGGUGUGCAACAACAAGUACAUGCUUUACGCACUAUUAUUAACUCCCUACAGGCUAAAGGAAAGGAACGGCAGUGGCUUCGGCAUCGCACCUCUGGUGAAUUAGAUGACACAAAAUUAAUUGAAGGCUUGGCAGGAGAAAGAAAUAUAUAUCGGCAAAGGCAUGAAGAGGAACCAGAGAUUGGGGCACCACAGAGACAUCCCAAACGACUUCGCUUAGUUGUUGAUGUGUCUGGAUCAAUGUACCGUUUUAAUGGUCAUGACGGUCGUCUGGAACGUGAACUUGAAGCCACACUUAUGGUUAUGGAAGCAUUUGAGGGGUUUGAGAACAAAUUUAAGUAUGAUAUUUACGGACAUUCUGGUGAAGAAGCUGCUGUUCCAUUAGUAGAAUGUGAUAAUGUGCCCCAUAACAACAAAGAGCGUUUGGAUGUACUGAAAACAAUGCAGGCUCAUUCACAGUUUUGUCUCAGUGGAGAUCAUACUUUGGAAGCUGCAGUUAAAGCUGUGAAGGACAUAGCAACUGAAGAAUGUGAUGAAAGAUUUGUAAUUCUACUGUCUGAUGCAAAUUUUGAUCGGUAUGGAAUCAGACCAAGUCAUUUUGCUAAAGCACUUACUGCUGAGAACACAGUAAAUACUUUUGCAAUAUUUAUUGGAUCAUUAGGUGACCAAGCAGACAGGUUAACAAAGGUUCUUCCUGCUGGACAUUCAUUUGUUUGUCUUGAUUUAAAGAAGCUUCCACAAAUCUUGCAACAAAUAUUUACCUCAGCUAUGCUAAAGUAAUUGUCAAGUAUGAUACAAGCACAUUGUUUUUAAUAUAAUAAUGCAGUAUGAUAAUUUAUAUAAUAAUGCAGUAUGAUAAUUCACUGCUAACUACUGGUACCAUAAAAAUUCAUAUUAUGUAUUUAAAUUAUGUAAUUAAACUGAAUUAGAUAA